CCCUUUGCUCCCGUAGUUUGUUUCUAAAACUUUAAUGGAGAGCACACGAUGAGGUUCUUUGUGACUGCGUUAUUUGGUUUGGUGAUUGCUCUGCUGGGGUACCAUGGACACGCACGGCUGGGCGGGGUCACAGCGAGCGCCAGCAAGGCCCCUGUUUCCGACCAUGUGCCGCUUGUGGAACAGAACUUUGUUAAGAUCAAUAGGAAAGGACUCAGCAAAAUGAUCUCCGACUGUUUCAACCUCUACUAUCAGUACCUUUCUAUGGCCAAUUAUUUUGGACGUGCCGAUGUCGCACUUCCGGGAUUUCAAAAAUUCUUCACCACAAGUGCCGAAAGGGAGCUAACUCGUGCCAAGGACAUGAUGGAGUAUAUGAACAAAAGAGGGGGAACUUUGGAUCUAUUGCCAAUUAAGAAACCAGUGACAGGAGACUUCAGCGACGGGAGGUCCGCACUAGACCUAGCACGAAGACUGUCUCGGAAGCUGAACGCGAGGGCCUUGGUGAAUCACAACAUUGCUGUGUCAAAACGGGACCCAAACUUGAAACUAUUUUAUGAGGAGACCAUUAUCGAUGGACAGGUGGAUGUAAUAAAAGAGCUGGGGGAUCUAAUUACCCGGCUAGACCUCAUGAACAAGUCUCAGAGGGGUGGACUCGCACUGUACAUGUUUGAUCUAGAGCUACAGAAAUAGUGAUCCAAACAGUCUUUCAUGAUGUAAAAAGUUCGAAAUAAAAUUCCACAUCACUGUU